UUCUGUCUAACGCAUCCAAACGCGUUUCAAGUGUACUGAAACGCGUUCAAACGCAUUUCUGGUGCAAAAAAACGCGUUUCACAGUGCGUUUGGUCAAAAAAAUGCCUGCAUGGGUAGAUCCAACUAUAUUCAUUUCGACCUGCAGAAUUGCGGAUAUAACGGUGACCAACGUUUUAGAACGGUACCGGUGUCAUUCCUAGAGCCAGUUCUGUCUAUGAUGCUGCCUUUAAGACUUGUUAGCACAAAGAAAGUGUUUCAGAAAUUAAUCGCUUUCUGACUGAUUAGACUUCCGCAUUUAGUUUGCAAAAUCGAAUAUUGCCGUUCUGGUUGUUCAAGCAGUAACAGCUGCAACAACAUUUAGUAAUCUAAGUGAAAGUCUUUCCACUAAACUUGAACAAGCACUAGAUGACGUUAACGAGACAAUGACUUUAUCAGAACAACAAGUUGAAGAGGUCAUAAAUCCAACUACUUCAACAACUUCCACAACGUCCUCCACUACAACGACAACUACUUCAACAACAGCACCACCUAUUCGUAACCUCAAUGCUGUGAUAGCCAGUUGGACAACAAGUGUCACAUGGGCAGCGCAACUGUCGACAACAACAACAGAUCAAGUUUUGAUACCGGCUUUAUACAACAAUGGAAUUACAACGUUACCUUGGUUACCAGCAGAAGUACGUUAUCGGCGAAUGACAUUCUGUUCAAGUAAUCAUCCAACAGUAGCAAGACGUCUACAAGUAACAAUUACUUAUGUUACUGACACUGGAUUACAGUGA